AGUUUAGUUGAUAUCUGACAAGUGUACUUCAUGCAGUCUAGAUAAAGUUAAUGCUGUUUGUAUCAGAUGACAAAUUCUUUACCUUGCAGGAGAGAAUUACAUCAUAGCGGCAGAUCUGAUUGAGAGGGGUUUAGUAAGCAUUGAUGAAGCCACUGCCAAUAUGUUAGGUGCUGAUAUCCUACCACUACUCAAGAUAUGGGUUGAACCUGAUGAGGAUUCCAGCACCAAUAACAACAACAACAAACAGGAACUCAUUGCAAAUUGGCACCACAAGCAACUCAAUACCUUUGACCCGUCAUGGCUGCAGGAUUUCCAAGAUUCAACUCACCAAGUCCUGUCGACCAUCAAUCUAUCCCAGAAUGCACUCUUCUCUGUACCAGAAGGACUCCUGUGGGGUUUGCAGAACCUCCGUCGUCUCAAUCUAUCCCAGAAUUCAAUUCAAAGACUGCCGUCCCCCAAAAGCCAUCGAAACUUGAGCGAGUGUCGCUUACGGUCUCUAAGCCUUUACCAGAAUAAACUGGUGUCUGUACCUGCUGAACUAUUCAUGUUAGAAGCAUUAGAGUUCUUGUCUCUUGCCAGUAAUUCCAUUACAGAACUUAUCCAACCUGCCAAAGAAUCUAUCAAACAUGAGAUCCCAAGACAAUGGAACUGCAUUUCUCUCGUCAAUUUGGAUCUAUCCCAAAACAAAUUGAGCUCUCUCCCUAGACAGAUGGAUGCGUGCACUUCCCUUAUUACCAUCAAUCUAUCAGAGAAUUCAUUCAGUGAGAUACCGAGGCCUUGGGCUUGUCCUUUGGAGAUCCUGAACAUAGCUAAGAACAAGGUCCAAUCUGCUCCCGGUGACCUACCAAAGUUCUGGCAUCGUACGUUACGAUUCAUCAACCUCAGCUACAACCGUCUGACUGAGAUUCCCACACCUAUGUGUCAGUUGAGCAGUCUCUCUGAGCUUGAUCUAUCUCAUAAUGUACUACGUUGCUUUCCAUCGCCGGGGACAUGGAGUAUACGUAAGCUACAGCACCUUAAUCUGGCUUACAAUCAACUUAUGCACAGGGAAGCACAACCUCAGACCAAGCAAGACAAAGACAGUCCUAAAACCUCUCCUGUGAAAAAGAAGAAAGACAAUCCUCCCUCUUCACCGACCAGUCCUCAACAGAAACAAGGCGUUGCUAAUUUCUACACCAAGCUACGAGCUCAUAAGUCACCAGCCAAGAUCAUAGACGCUAACAGCCGAAGUACCUUCUACACGCAUUCCCCAAACGGUGGUAGCAGUCAUCCGGAAAAAUGGGAGAAGAUUGAAUUCCCAGAAUGCUUUGCACACAGUCUCUACGUUCUGAAGCUAUCCCACAAUGCUCUAGAGGAUGUGCCUCCCAGCGUUUGUAAGCUGGAAGCAUUGUAUGAUCUAGAUGUCAGCUGGAAUCCUGAUCUGCAGAAGUUACCAGAAGGUCUAAGCACUCUGAAGCAUCUCUUUCACCUGAAGAUUGAGGGGUUAGACAUCAAGAUUCCAUCUGACAUCAGUCUGUUGACUCCAGAGCAACGGUGUAAAUCUGGUCAAGUUCUCAAGAUACUUCGUGAGAAACUUCUAGACAGUCAACCCUAUCACAGCAUGAAGCUUAUGAUCAUGGGUCCAGCAAAGAGUGGUAAGACCACAUUACUUGGAAGUCUGAUGAAUGAUACCAGUGGACGUGUCCUUGAUAUGGCUCUUCAUGUAACGGAAUGGGAACUACAAGAUCCAGUCGUAGAAGGAAAAGGGUGCAGUCUGAGGGAAAGGGUCAAAGAAAAGUUCUCAAAGGAGAAGGAGUUUGUUGAAGGCCCAUCCAUCACAUUCUUCUCCUGGGAUAUGAAAGGUGGUGAUCUGUAUGAGAAUGUUCACCAGUGCUUUGUUACUGCUAAGACUUUGUAUCUCUUAGUAUGGGAUAUGAGUGAAGGCAUGGAUGGGGCACAUAAACUAUCAUCUCUUCUCUUGAACAUCAGUUCUCGAUCCUCAGACUUUGGUAUUGUGAUAGUGGGCACCCAUCAUGAUGUGGUUCAGAACUCGCCUGUAGAUGUGAUGGAGCUACGGAGUCAGCUUGUUGAGAUGCUGGAUGUUGGACCAGGAUUCCCACCGGUAGCAGGGAUUGUAGAGGUUGACAGUCGAGGGAGUAAGAACCACGGAAUGGCUGAGCUCAGACGGGUCAUCUAUGAGACCGCUCUGCAGAUGAAGGUUCAUCAUAAGAGACCUGUAUGUACAGAGAAGCUUAUAGGCAGGAAGGUACCGCAACCAUACUUCAAUCUGAAGAAGCGUAUAUCCCAGGAGGUUGAAGUACGUCAGAAAGCUGAUCCUCCUAUACUACCUAUCAUGACUGAGACUGAACUGGCCCAGAUAGUACAACUCAUACCUGAUAGUGGGCUACAUACACCAGAAGAACUUCAGGAAGCGAUCAGUUUCUUGCAUGAAAUCGGGAGCAUUGUCCACUUCACUGACCACCUGAAUGGUCUGAAUGACCUCUACUUCAUAGACCCAGUAUGGCUCGCCUGUACGCUACAGAGGGUGACUGCACUACCCGCAGGAAGUCUUAAAGGAGGCAAGGUCCACGUACAGACUCUCCGAGAGCUGAGCAAGAAGAGCCGCAUCGGGGAGGAUAAGUUUGAGCAGUACUUGCAGCUCUUGGCUCGAUUUGAGAUUGUGGUUCCAAUUUCACAUCACUGGUUCUUGGUACCAUCUCGGCUACCUCGUGACAAUCCUGGUUUGAUGAUAUCCUUACGUAACACUAGCACUGCACCAUUCUACUAUCUGAGGAGGGUGUAUAAGAUGCCCUAUCUACCUCCAGGUUUCUGGAUCAGACUGGUAUCACGUCUCAUCGCUGAUCUUCAGAUGCAUGAUAAGAAGAUCAAGAUUAGUCCAACGAGAAGCGAGAGAAAGAUCUGCCGUUCAACAAGUAUCAAGAACAGCAUAUCAAAAGGCAUCAGGUUUCUUCAGAGUGAGUCUAUCUACUGGAGGGAGGGUAUAUUCUUCAGGCACAAGACGGGACAAAUCCUGGUGCAAUCAACGGUCUUUCCAUCGACUGACAAAUCUCCAGGAGUGGACAUCCUCAUCCGCUGCCAAGAAGGUCACUUCUCAGCCAUGGGGUGCGUGGUGGACCAGAUUGAGGGGCUUAUCAAAGAUUGGUAUCCAGGCCUGUGUGCAUCAAUCUAUGACAGUAUUCAGCCUAAGGUCCAACGAUUGGUGCCUUGUCCAAUAUGUGUGAAUCAUGGAACAGAUGACUAUGAAGCAACGACAGAGAAUCUCCCUCAUUGCUACACUGUGGAGGAGCUAGUUCAGCGAUACGUCCGCGGUGAGACGCAUAUAACCGCAUGUGCCAACUCCAAGGAGAAACUCCUCCCCAUUUCUGUUCUGAUACCUGACAUGUUCAUGGAAGACCUCAGCAUAAGACAUCUGAAGCAAGAGGAGUUCAAAUUGCACAUGGUGUCGGGACAAUCUCUGGGACAGGGAGGAUUUGGUGAGGUCUUCAGGGCAAAGUUCCGUGGACAGACUGUAGCAGCUAAGACCAUGUUUCCAUCAAGACUCUUGAAGAACCAGGUGUUCUCUUCUCCUAGUGAAGGAUAUGCAUCGUGUUCUUCUACGCCAUCCUCUACGCAUAACAUGACAGGAGAAUCAACAUCAGCGCAUGAAUCAUGUGACUCACUCGAAGCAUCCAUGUUAAUGGAGAGUUUCCACAAGCUGAGAAACGAGGUUGCAAUUAUGGCUAAACUAGAUCAUCCAUGCAUUGUCAAUCUUGUUGGUGUAUCUGUCAGACACCUCUGCUUUGCCAUGGACUAUGCACCUCUUGGUGAUCUUCAGAGCUACCUGUUUGCUGAACACCAGUCUGCAAGGCCACACCUAGUGAAGCAGAACAUUGUCCUGGAGCCAGUCCUGAGCAGGAUGCUGACAUACAAGAUCAGCCUACAGGUUGCUUCGGCCGUGGAGUUCCUGCAUAGCAAGGACAUCAUCUAUUGUGAUCUGAAGACAGACAAUAUCCUGCUCUUCUCAUCAGAUGUGAAUCAAGAUGUAAAUAUCAAGCUAACAGACUAUGGGAUAUCCCGAACCUAUGACCUGAUGGGUGCCAUGGGGAUGGCAGGGCCGCCAGGGUUCUGUGCUCCAGAAAUUCUCCAGGGCAAGGUCUUUGAUGAAAAGGUGGAUUGGUUUUCUUAUGGAAUGUUCCUGUAUCAUCUGAUGACUGGCCAGGUUCCAUACCAUGAUCAGCACAGUCGUAUCGAGAUUCAACUGGCCGUCAAUGAGGGCCGCAAACCAACCUUCAACUUCCACGAGUACACAAUGCCCCCGAGUCAAGUCUUUCCUUCAUUAGGCUCCUUGAUGGAAUCAUGCUGGCAGGAUAGACCCGGUGAUAGACCUCAUGGUAAAACAGUUCUGCAGCUCUUAUCAGAUCCCAGCUUCCUCUGUCUGAGGAGGAUGGUAGCGGUUGAUGAUGAUGGGGUUUCUAUGGCAUUCAGUCCAGGAACAAACAAUGAGGCUAAGGUUGUUCACCUGGUGGUCGACUCAGGUCGUGGUACGUCGGUGAAGUCAUUCCGAGUUGAUGAAGAUGGUUGUUAUAAAUCCAUCAGAGAGAAUGCACUCCAAUGCCCCAUGAUCAAAACUGCCAUAGCGACACCUUGUGGAUCAAAGCUGGUUGUUGGAACAGUGGGUGACUUUGUGCAAGUUUAUCAUCUUCCGUCUUCUUCUCAGUCUUCUAAUGCAAGUCUUUUAGUAGAAGCUAGAGUCGCUGGUCAGCCAACAUCACUCCUUUAUCUUAAACAGCCAAAUGGGCAUGACCAUUCAUUACUGUUGGUUGGUCAAGCCAAUGGAACAUUGACCAUCCUAAGCCAUGAAACGGAAGAGAGUGGUCAUCAUGCAACAGAUGCCCUGAGGCAGGUCACCAGGAUGCAACUUAAUAAGAACAAUCUUCCUUGUAGCAGCAUGGUGGCUGUCUCCAGGAAAAAGAACGGUGACUCUGUGGCUGAACGGAGAAGACAAUAUGAAGAGGUGGUCUCCAAUGGAAGGUGGUAUAGAUCAGCACAGACCAAUGGCCAACAGGAAGAGAGUAGUGAUGGAAGUGCUCCUAGAGAAAAUAGAGGUGGAAGGAGAAGCCCUGGAAUGAGAGAACGGACAGGAAGUAGUGAAGAUGAAGCGGAUGGAAUGGAAGUCUGGGUUGGUUGCGGGAGUAACUUGAGGAUCAUCCUCUUGAAUGAUAUAACUCUGGAACCAGCUGAGAUUCAGGUGGCGGUUGGUAUGGAAGGAAUGGUGGAAGACAUAGUUCAUAGUCCAGGUAGUGUGUGGUGUUAUACAUCAAGUGCGCUAUAUGUCUAUCGGUAUAGCGUUGAGACUAGGAAGUGCCUGGAGAUCCUGGACUGCAGGGAGACUGUCUUGGUCCAGGGAUCUUUUCUUCCAUUCUCCCAGUAUGAGAGGCAGGACCUUUUCAGAAGCUGGGAGGAGAAAGAAAAGGAGCAGGAGCUUGCGAAUGCUACAGCUGUAUCUGAAACCAAUACUAAUGGAGAUGGUAGGUAUGUAUCCGCUCAGGAAGACUCGGUGCAAGACGAACUGCCAAUUGUUGAUGAUCACUUCAGAGCUGCUUGCAUAGCAGCACCUCGUAGGCAGACCGACCGAAGGGUAGGUGGCCAACGAGGCAGGACUGACAUGCAUCGAUGGAAUAUCCACAGCACCUUGGCCUCUCAGAGCCAGUCGUCCAUCAAAGUCAGUUCCCUCCUUGUGAUGGAUCAUGUCUUGUGGAUUGGUAGAUCCAACGGUGAUAUUGUCCUUGUCAACAUCCAAGACAGACAAAGGUCUGUUGAUGAAAAGCUUGAUGUCGAAGUAGGUGAAGUAGUGACUGUACUGAAUGCUCAUGUUGCAGUGAAAGGCGACAGUGGUAGGGUUGUAGAACUACAUCAUUCUGGACCUAAUAGGGUAGUUGCUUGCCAUGACAGCAACAAACCAGGCAGCAACGAUAGUCAGAUUAAGACUAUGUGUGUAUGGGAGGACUGGGGAUAUGCCAAAGUGGAGCAUUUUCAAACCAUCAAUAAUCAGUGUAGGAAGAUAAAAAGGAAAUCAAGAACAUAUUUAGAAGUAUGAUUUUUUAAUUUGUGAUCAGUGUAUUCCUUCACAUCCAUGUGGUAUUACAAUGUAUUCAUAAUCCUUGCACCCAUGAAUGUGCAAUCAUCCUUAUCAUAUUACCCAUUCUUGCCAUUACCCUGGUGAUAUUUAAACAAAAGUUGUAACAAAAUCCAACAAGAAACGAAAAAGCAAAUAGAACGAAAAUACAUCCAGUUUCAUUUUAUGAUAUGUAUAAUUUCAUAAACAAUUUACCUUGUUUUUAUGAGCUUCCAUAUUGUUGUACAAUCAAUGAUGAUAUAGUUAUCUUCGAUUAAAAAUCUUGUAAUGUGCUUUUUCUCAGGUCCAAUGAAUCCCCAAACUUUUCUUCUUUUCUCUCAAUUCCUGCCUUCCUCCCUUUGAUGUUUGAACUGUUUUCUAUUUUACUUUGGAAUAAUGAUAAAAUGUGAAUAGUGAUAAAUUGUCAUAAACAUAAUACAACUUAUGUGUGCCCUUUGUUGAAUUCUUACAGCAGAAUUGAUUUUUUAACCAAGAUUUUUAUCUGAUUGACUGUUCGGCAAUGCCACUGUAUGCCCAACCCCCUACAUGAGCAUACUUCAAUGAUUUAUCUCUGUUUUAUAGUUUGUAUGAAAUGUUGUAUUGUAGUGAGUGAAGUGAGAAGCCGGUGGAACGUACAAAAGGUUGAUUUUUUUAUGGAAUCGUCAUAAUCAUCAGUUAUUUGUUAAUCACACAUUCUACUAUUUCAAACAACUUGCCAUUAGAAUUAAAUUGCCCUUUAACUUUCAAUCUUCCACCAGUUAUACUCGCUUAAGUGGAUUCUAUUUUGAUAUUUGUAAAGCAUUCUUGUUAUAAGACAUGUGUUGGAUAUAUUAUGAAGACUCUGUACAACUGCAUCAAAUCCUAAUACAGUUCAAGAAAGCUUAAACUGUAAAUUUCUAAUUUAUUUUUAAGAUAGGAAAAUUUUUAUUGUAUUGUUAUAGAAGGCUGAUGAUAUUACCCUAUUAUUUUAGUCUGGCACAUUUUUUUUUAAAUCUUUUAUAAGAGUAAAUAUAUUUAUUAAACAGACUGGAGAAAUAGAUUUGUUUCAAAAGUACUUUCUCCAACCUUUUUUGACAAGUUUGACAAUGUUCACUCAACUCAUUACUAUGUGGCAAUUUAUUUGUAUUAGUGAUAAAUUUUGUGCUUUCAACUUCACUAGCUUUCAAGUGCAAAGAAUGGGAAUCAAACUUUUAUCCUGACUCUGGUGAAAUACAUACAUACUUAUGGGCAAUAUACAAUGAAUCACGGGCUUCACCGUGUUGCAAGGAAAUGUCAUCCCUUUCAAUUUGAUAGGAAGUCCGCUUCAUUGUCAAGUAGGCAUUAACAAAAGUACAAAAUGAGAGAAACAUUAAUGAAUGAUUGAAAACAAAUGUCAAAUAAUAUCAUUGUAAUGAUUUCAAAAGUUUUAAUAUUAGGAUGUAUUUUGUGAGAAGUUCCUUGAUAUAAAUUCCAUGAAUUGCUGUGUUCUCAGAAGCUGAAAGCUAAUUUAUAUAUACAUUCAUAAUCAGACAUGAUUUUAUUGACACUCCAAUGGGGAAUAUAUUUUAAAUCAUCAUGAAACAUCAAAAAAUUGGGACAGCUGCUCGCAUUUUACCUUUUUAAUUAAAAUGACUUAUUCUGUUAUUUGUUGAUGGAUUUUCGUCAAAAACUUCCUAAAUAUGCUUCUCCCAUUCUGCAUUUACUUAAAACACGUUGGUGUCUGGGUUAGUUUUAUUUGAGAUCAACUCCAAGUGGGUGGUGUUUCAUAAAGCUGAUUGUAAGUUACGAGCAAUUUUACCAACGACUGGUAACCAUUAUCUUGUGAAUAAUAUACACCAGAUUUGCAUCUAGGUGUUGACUUAGUUCCCAAGAAAAGAUCAUCAGUCAUUUGUAAUUUACGAAGAGCUUUAUGGAACACCCACCAGUGGCCAUUGCUUGUUAAUUAAUGCUCUGAUAACUUGGCCGUCAAUGGUUACUAUCAGUGGCGGACAGAUGGGGGGGGGGAGGGGGCUUUCACAAUGAAGAAAAAAAAAAGAGAAGUGAUAUUUACUGAUUAUUAUUUCAAAAAUCUAUCACAAUAUUGGAUUUUUGUAAUAAAAAUGUCAAUAUUUUUGCUUAAAAUGACUUAUUCUGCCAUAUCUGACCCCCUCAAAACUCAUUACACCACUGGUUACUACCAUGAAAACCUUGAAACUUGAGAGGCUGUUAUAGCUCUGAUACAUCAAUAGGUAGAUGUAUUGUAGUUUAAUACCUUUGUGACAAAGUUACCAUUCAUGCUAUUAAGCAACCAAGUCAAUAACUUGAUCCAUUAGGGUUACCAAAUCCUUUAAAGAGGGCUUAAAGAACUUUGAACGCCACGUUACAAACCUAUUCGUUUCUUCCUUAAUCGUCAGGCUGAACCAAUAACCAAUUUCAUGUACACACAAAAGUUCAACAUGGUAUACUGGAGUCCAAAGAUAAUACAAAUUUGGUAUGAGCAUUUUUGAAAUACAAUAUGUAUAUAUUUGCUACUUUUGGAAGAGAAAACAAUUGUCUAACCUUAUUUGUAUAUGUGUAGAAAUAAGUACUGUAGUGUAAACUAUGCAUGGCGAUGUUGUGAGUGCAUUAUUUGUAAGCGUGUAGUAUUUAGUACUAUUUCCAUGACACAAAUUUUGAGAUGUAUUGAUUUGAACCUGUAUCUGCAUGAAGUAAUUAGUAAAGCUAUAUAAAUGAAAUAA